AUGUUAGAGGGGUCGACCCCAAUACAACCGGCACUACCAUCAGAGGAAGACUUGAGCCCCUCUACAGAGAAAGAUACAACAAUAUCCGAUACAGUAGUUUUAAAUGUAUACGAUAAUGUGGGCUACAAGAAAAACCACAAGAGGGUUUAUGAUGAACCUAAACGUAUCAAUGCCAAACUUGGAAUUCCGAAUAGUUGGAGAAAUUAUUCGAUCUCUCUAUCUUCGAAAGGGCAUGAUGUUCAGAUCGUUUCAUACUUGCCAGAGCCUAACUCAGGAAUCAACACAUAUCAUUUGACCAGCGACAAUCCUUCUCAGAUCAUUGGUAGAUAUAACUUUAGUCUAGAGUCCAAUGACGGCAUGACCGAAGCUGUCUCUCAGAUGUUAACUCCUGUGACAUCCAGAUCAACUAGUCCUGCCAUCUCGCUUGAGAAUGAAGCAAGUGAAAUCCAAUCAACGGGUAAACAUUCAGAUGAAGGUAAAGCGGCUGAGAUGCAGACUGUAAAACCUCCAUCAACGGGCAGGGGUGACAACAUCACCGAGAUAGAAACUAUCCUCACACAACCUGCUAGGACUUUGGAAGAACAGAUGGAAUCGCUCGCAUUGGGACUCUGGAUGAAGUGA